AUGUCUGUUGCAAACAACGACCAGCCGGCAACCCGUGCUGAAGCACAAAAGAAGCUGACGAUUUUACUCAACCGCAUGGUCAGCGAUGGAAAAAUUGAUAUCCCAAAUGGCCAUCACUUCCAACUGGAUGAUAAUGGAGUUCCCGUGGUGGUCGUUAAACAGAUGCCGAAAGUUUCACCCAAGAGAAUAUGCCAGAUCAAGGACCAUAUACAAAAUAACCUUCAACAGCAUUUCAUUUACUGGGGAGGAAUAUCAAUCCAUCUGCACAUGCACCCAGAACCGACAAGCCACUCCCAUCUCUGGGGCCUCAUCCAAGCCUGCCACAAAGUCACCGUGGAGGACUACAACUGGAUCCAUCACGCAUACAACACCCUUGAGAAGAGUCCGCAGAAACUCCUUACCUUACUGCUUAAGGACAAACUGGCUCCAUGUAUCGGUCGAUUGGUUAGCACCUGCAGCGAGCAAAUCCAGUCUGUCGGGCAUGCUAUAUCUGAGCUUCAGCUCCAGAAGCUAUCUUACAACCACUUUGGGCUUUAUGUUCUGAUCUCUAGGAUUCACCAGCUCUACGGUGAAGCCAUUAAAGGUCCAACGACAAUUGAAUCCUCUGCCCAGAAAGGGAAGCAGAUUGCGCAGUGCCUGAGGUGUCUGAUACAAGCGACCAACCCCGUAGAUCCCCGGAACAACCUUGACGCCGAGGUAUUUGUCUCCCUGAAGCAGAGAUGCGAUGAGAUAUCGGAUGGAAAUCGAGACACAUCUAUAUCUCCUGAGCCGUUCGACUUUGUCGACUGGUACGUCAAGAAUGAUUAA